CAGGGGAGGCUACUCUCUGUUCAGACCUCUUCAAUCUCGAGGCGAGGAAAUUCACGGCGUGUAAGACUGCAUAGUCACAGGUUUUUCUUCUGUUGUAGGUGUCUAUCAGAUAAUAACUAUGUUUCGGAAUCAGUAUGACAACGAUGUCACAAUAUGGAGUCCACAGGGUCGUAUUCAUCAGUUAGAAUAUGCCAUGGAGGCUGUGAAGCAAGGUUCUGCGGCUGUUGGCCUCAAGAAUCGUACACAUGCCAUUCUUGUAGCUUUAAAGCGUGCACCUUCAGAGCUUUCAGCACACCAGAAGAAAAUUCUCCCCAUUGACAAUCACGUAGGUGUAGCAAUAGCUGGCCUUACAGCAGAUGCAAGGCUUUUGUGCAAGAUUAUGAGAUCAGAGUGCUUAGAUUCACGCUGGGCUUAUGAGCAACCACUUCCAAUCUCCAGACUGGUGUCAGUUGUAGGCAACAAAUCUCAGAUUCCAACCCAGAGAUAUGGACGACGUCCAUUUGGUGUUGGUCUCCUCAUUGCUGGACAUGAUGCACAGGGGCCACACAUAUAUCAGACAUGUCCCUCAGCUAACUAUUAUGACUGCAAGGCCAUGGCCAUAGGGGCAAGAUCACAGUCAGCUAGGACCUACUUGGAGAAGUAUCUUGAUGAAUUCCCCAACUGCAGCCUAGAAGAACUGAUGAAACAUGGACUUAGAGCUCUCAGGGAUACGCUGCCACAAGAGGUCAAUCUGACUACAAAGAACUGCUCGAUUGCUAUAGUAGGCCAGGGCAUGAACUUCACUAUCUAUGAUGAUGACAAAGUUGCAACAUAUCUUGCGCUUAUUGAGGGAGAGGAGAGAUCAACUGUUGCUGCUGAAGAUGAAGAUACUGAGGUUGCAGUAGCAACACCUAUGGAAACGCAGGACCAGGUCUUGCAGCCACCUGUACCAGUCUCUGCUACAGCCGAAGGCGAGGAAGGAAUGGAUUCUUGAGACUUUCCUACCAUAUAUUGCCACUCCCCUUACUCUAAAAAAUAAUUAAUUACAUGUCCUUUGACAUUAAAAAAGACAGACUUUCUAAUAAUAGGUUGCUGACUGUCAGCUGCAUUGCAUUAUUUUUAUGGCAGCUGUUAUAAUGUUGCUGUCUCAGAUAGAAAUGCAAUUAUCAUUUUUGGACAGAAUAGACUUCAAACUGUUUACAUAACUACAAACUUGAAGCUAGAAUCUGUAUGCUGUCUUACACAAAAAUUAAGAACUGGUCUCUGUAUCUUGUGAUUUGAAUACAUUUAGACUUGUAUAGUUUCUUUCCAAAUGUGUUUCUUUACAGCAGCUUCAUCAUUCUGUAUGAUAAAAUGUAGCCAUUUCAAACAUCCAAAAAUAUUUUUGAGCAUUCACAAAUGGAGUUACAUUUGAGGAAUUUUACAUUUCAAAUAUACAAUGUAUGUGUUCGUUCUCAUGACAUCACUUUUGUUGGUUAAUAAAUGUUUCUGAAGGAAA